ACCCGCGAGCGCGCGGGGCGGCCUCACGCGGGCCGUUUCCGCUUCCGCCCUAACGUUCCGUCUCCGUCAGUCGCAGCGAGUCCUCGCUAGGCCGCCGCGGCGGGGAGCGGAAGUUUCGGGCUGGGGCAGGGCCGGGCGGCGCCGAGAAUGAAGCUAAAUAUGUUGCUUAUCUGAAGGAGCCACAGUUGCUUUGACAACAGCUUUGUGAGAACAUCAAUUUCAGAUUAUCCGUUUACUGAGGAAUAACAUAGUGAAGAAGGGAGGAAAUGUCUUAGGCCGAGCAUAUUUCCUUAAGAAGACUGCCUCUUUCUAGGUAAAAUUCAAAUAAUUGAAGUCAGCUUGCUGGGGAAGAUGUCGCUCUCUAAACGGGAAUUGGAUGAGCUGAAGCCAUGGAUCGAGAAGACAGUGAAGCGGGUCCUGGGUUUCUCAGAACCCACUGUGGUCACUGCAGCAUUGAACUGUGUUGGGAAGGGAAUGGACAAAAAGAAAGCAGCUGACCAUCUGAAGCCUUUUCUUGAUGAUUCCACUCUGCGGUUUGUCGACAAGCUCUUUGAAGCUGUAGAGGAAGGACGAAGCUCCAGGCACUCAAAAUCCAACAGUGACCGGAACCGAAAGAGAGAAUUGAAGGAUGUGUUUGGUGAUGACUCUGAGAUCUCCAAGGAGUCUUCCGGUGUUAAGAAGCGGCGUAUUCCACGUUUUGAGGAGGUAGAGGAGGAGCCGGAGGUUAUCCCAGGCCCGCCUUCAGAGAGUCCUGGAAUGCUGACCAAGCUACAGAUCAAACAAAUGAUGGAGGCAGCAACACGUCAGAUUGAGGAGAGGAAAAAGCAACUGAGUUUCAUCAGUCCUCCUGCACCCCAGCCAAAAACUCCCUCUUCAUCCCAGCCAGAGCGUCUCCCCAUCGGCAAUACCAUCCAGCCCUCACAGGCAGCCACAUUCAUGAAUGAUGCUAUCGAGAAAGCCAGGAAAGCUGCUGAACUGCAGGCCCGAAUCCAGGCUCAGCUGGCCUUGAAACCUGGGCUCAUUGGCAAUGCCAACAUGGUGGGGUUGGCCAACCUGCAUGCAAUGGGAAUUGCACCUCCGAAAGUAGAGCUAAAGGACCAGACAAAGCCUACCCCGUUGAUCCUGGACGAACAAGGCCGAACCGUUGAUGCGACUGGUAAAGAGAUUGAGUUGACUCAUCGUAUGCCGACCCUAAAAGCAAACAUCAGGGCUGUGAAGAGGGAGCAGUUUAAACAGCAGCUCAAAGAGAAACCUUCUGAAGACAUGGAAUCCAACACUUACUUUGACCCCCGGGUCUCCAUAGCCUCAUCCCAACGUCAGAAACGCACCUUUAAGUUCCAUGACAAAGGCAAAUUUGAAAAAAUUGCACAGAGGUUACGAACAAAGGCUCAACUAGAAAAAUUACAGGCAGAGAUCUCUCAAGCUGCCAGAAAGACUGGGAUCCACACCUCUACCAAACUAGCUCUUAUUACCCCAAAAAAGGAGCUGAAAGAAGGGGAGAUCCCUGAGAUAGAGUGGUGGGAUUCGUAUAUCAUCCCUAAUGGCUUUGACUUAACAGCUGGAGUCUACUCUAAAAGAGACAACUACUUUGGGAUCACAAACCUUGUGGAACACCCAGCACAGCUAAGCCCACCAGUGGACAGUGACACACCAGUGACUCUGGGCGUUUAUCUAACUAAAAAAGAGCAGAAGAAGUUACGACGUCAGACGCGGAGAGAAGCACAGAAGGAACUGCAGGAGAAAGUCAGGCUGGGCCUAAUGCCGCCUCCUGAACCAAAAGUAAGAAUUUCUAACCUGAUGCGAGUACUGGGGACAGAAGCUGUUCAGGAUCCGACAAAAGUGGAAGCUCACGUUAGAGCACAGAUGGCAAAGAGACAGAAAGCUCAUGAAGAGGCAAAUGCUGCACGAAAACUAACAGCAGAACAGAGAAAAGCAAAGAAGGUUAAAAAACUUAAAGAAGAUAUUUCACAGGGAGUGCAUAUAUCUGUGUACAGAGUCAGAAAUCUGGGGAACCCCGCAAAAAAAUUCAAAAUUGAAGCAAAUGCUGGGCAACUGUACUUAACAGGAGUGGUGGUUUUACACAAAGAUGUCAACGUGGUGGUAGUAGAAGGAGGCCCAAAAGCGCAGAAGAAAUUCAAACGUCUUAUGCUCCAUCGAAUAAAGUGGGACGAGCAGACAUCGAACACAAAGGGAGAUGAUGAUGAUGAAUCUGAUGAGGAGUCUGUUAAAAAGACAAACAAGUGCUCUCUGGUUUGGGAGGGUACAGCGAAGGAUCGCAGCUUUGGUGAAAUGAAAUUUAAGCAGUGCCCCACUGAAAACAUGGCACGGGAGCACUUUAAAAAACACGGAGCUGAGCACUACUGGGACCUGGCUCUGAGCGAGUCCGUGUUGGAAUCCACAGACUGAGGGUGCUGCUGCCCCCAGCGUUCCCAUUGUUAAUUUGAGAACAAUACCUGGCUGAAAACUUGGACAGAAUUCCCUUCCUCCCCUCAAAUCCCCACAGUAUGUUGCAUAUGAUUAAAGAAAUAUUUUUAAAACAACAAUCACAGCUACACUGUUUUCUAGAUUAAACCCAACUCUCGGAAAUUGUGGUGCAAAACCGCUGUAAAGUGGUAUCUGCCAGAGAAUUCAGUUUUGAGAUGGGAGGGGCAGAGAAAAUUUUCAGUAGUCUCUUUAGUCCUUCACAUACAGCUGUCUCAAAUGGAGGUACAAACAUUUCCUUGCUUUGUCAGCUGUUCUGUAGAUGAGGUCUGACGUUGGACAAACUAUAUGGUGCAGACAAUCUGAGAUUGUUCCUUUGAUGGGCAGGGAGGCAGUUUGGGAGCAGCCCCGAAUGGUCUGAGGAUGCAGUAUGGAGCAUUUGAAUUUGUAAAGCAGAGUAGGAGAUGGGGACUUAGCCCACAUCCUAUAUUUACAUAAUAAACUUUUUUAAAA